GGCAAGCCACGCAACUAUGGCCCAACAGAGGAAGAGCUUGAGAUGCUUGCAUGGAAAGCAGAACAAGAAAGAAAACAAAAGGAAGAAGAAGACUUGGAAAGAAGGAAAGAAGCAGAAAGAAUAGCCCAUGAAACACACAUGCAAAAAAUGGAGGAAUGGGUUCGUCUCAUGGAUGCUAUGAAACAAGAAGAAGAGGAGAUGCUGGCAAUACAGUCACUACCAUUGCGUCAUUACCUUAUGAAAUACGUAUUUCCUACACUAACAAAGGGUCUAAUGCAGGUUGCUCAAAUACGUCCUAGUGACCCCAUAGAUUAUCUGGCUGAAUAUUUAUUCAGAGAAAAUCCAGAAGGCAAAAUGUUGGAGCCACACUAUCAUCCAGCUGCUGAGGAACUCUUUUCAUCCAUUAAGAAAUUUCAGAGUAUUGCAAGAAAAAGUGGGGAAGGAGGCCAGUCCACUGAUACUGAGUCGUAG